UGGUUUUUGUCUUCCAAUCUAGGAAAUGAAAUUCUUUGAGCUUGCACAUGAUUUGAACAGUUGCAUUUCCAGAAUCACAGAGGUUGUUUUGAGAAAAACUGACAUUUUAAUAUGCGGAGGCAAGUUUCGUGAUUGUGUGCAGAAUAAACGGUGCUUUUAAAAGUGCAUUUUUUUCACGCGACUCGAGAUUGUUUUCGAUUUGGUUUUCACUUAGCUGUGCAGCUCUCAGGCUCCAAAGUUCAAUCGACAGACAGCCACACUUCAGAAAUCAUGAUAUCUGUCAUUCACUUCCCCGUGUUUCAAGUAUUAUAGCGUCAGUGCUGUGAGAUUCAUGGUACUACCCUGAGUGUGUCUAGCUAAACAUACUGAAACAAAUGCCAAAUAUCGGAAGAGCAAAAGCACAAAAAUGCAAAAGCCCGAAACUGGAUGUUCAGUUCCUGCGGAGGUUCUGUGGGAUCCAGAAAAUCCUCUUCCCUUCCUGCUCAUCCCCGAAUGUGUUGAUGUUUGGGACACUUCUGUUAGUGACCCUUUUUGAACAGCUCAUCAUUUACCAGGUUGGAGUCCUCCCAAGCAAGUACUACAAGACUCUAUCUGACAAGGACUUAGAAGGCUUUAAGAGCCUGUCGGUGGUCGCUGUCUUUUUAAUUGUAUUGAACUCCACGCUGAAGAGUCUGGACCAGUACAUCUCUAGCCUGAUGUAUGUGAGCUGGCGGAAGAGCCUGACAGAGUGCCUGCACCGGGACUACUUCCAGGGCAGAGUGUACUACACCCUGAAUGUGCUGCGCAAGGACAUCGACAACCCAGACCAGCGAAUCAGUCAAGACACUGAGAGGUUCUGUAAGCAGAUGAGCACCAUGGCAAGCAGGCUGAUCAUCUCUCCCUUCACUCUGGCCUAUUACACCUACCAGUGCUUUCACAGCACUGGCUGGGUGGGCCCUGUGAGUAUUUUUGGGUAUUUUGUCAUUGGGACCAUUGUGAAUAAAGUGCUAAUGGGCCCCAUUGUGUCAACUUUGGUGGAGCAGGAAAAACUGGAAGGAGACUUUAGGUUCAAGCACAUGCAGAUCCGAGUCAAUGCAGAGUCUGCAGCCUUCUACAGGGCAGGUAAGGUGGAGCACAUGAGGACUGACAGGAGACUGCAGAGCCUCCUGCACACCCAGAGGAGCCUGAUGAACAAAGAGUUUUGGCUUUACAUUGGAGUGAACACCUUUGACUACCUGGGAAGCAUCCUCAGCUACACGAUAGUUGCCAUUCCCAUAUUCACAGGGGUGUACGACACCCUGACGCCAGGGGAGCUGAGCGCUCUCAUCAGCAAGAAUGCCUUUGUCUCCAUUUACUUGAUAAAUGGCUUCAGCCAGCUGAUAGACCUGUCUACCACAGUGUCUGAUGUGGCUGGAUACACUCACAGGAUUGGUGAGCUGAGGGAGGUGAUGGAGGACAUCAUUUGGAAGCAGUGUGACUACGAUCCAGCUUCAGGGGAGUGCUUUGACUUUGACAACAACAUGGAUCCACCAGCUGCUUCCUCAGACACAGCGUUCGUUCUUGAUCGGUUGUCGUACAAAUCACCUUACUCUGACGAGCUGUUGGUGAGAGACCUCAGCCUGAAGGUCACUCAGGGCAAUAGCCUGCUGGUGGUGGGGAAUACAGGCACUGGGAAGACCUCCUUACUGCGGGUCCUCAACAGGCUGUGGGAGUCCUCUAGUGGCUACCUUCAGAUGAAUGCAUGUUUUGGGCCCCAUGGGAUACUUUUUCUACCUCAGAAGCCCUACCUGACAGAUGGAACCCUGAGGGAGCAGGUCAUCUAUCCUUUGAAGAAGAUAUACCCUGUGACAGGUUUGUAUGAUUUUGUAUUAUAUGUGUGUGAACGGAAUGUAUAUAAUAAUUGCUUAUUAUUCUGAUCAAAAUAGU